AAAAAAUGAACAGUGAAUAACUUGCAUAUGCAUAUGCCACUCUUUUAUUAGUAGAUGCAGAAUUACCCACAUCUGCCGAAAACGUUGAAAAAGUAUUAAAAGGAGCCAACCUUAAAGUAAAUGCUACAUAAAAUGCUGCUUUCUAAAGAAUAUUUGCACACACACCUGCUUCCAAAUUAGUUCCUUCAUUAGGAGGUGGCAUUGCUUCUGGAUCUGCUACAGCAGCUACUGCUUAAAAAACAGCUCCUACUAAGGCUGCUGCUAAAGAAGUUCCUAAAGAAGAACCCAAAAAAGAAGAAGAGGAAGAUUUCGAUAUGGGAGAUCUUUUUGGUUGAUUUCAUUUUGUUUUGAAAAAAUAUUUUUUUUUUUUCUUUUAUUUUUUUAGAGAUUGUAAAAAAAAUAUAAAAUAAAUAAUAUAUUUUAA